UGAAUUUUCCGUCACCAAAACCUUUGGAACAGAUCCUACACACACCUUUGAAAUUACUAGAGCAUUUUCACUGUCUUCCUUGUAUACAUAUUUAGGUUUGUUAAUUUCGAUAGUCCAGAUGCAGAACUCCGGACGUGGUGCGGACCACUUCAACUUUAUCACGCGGACGGACCGCAAAAGUCUGCACACGCAGAUCGGCCUCUUGGUGACCAAGGCAAAACAGGUGGCCGCAGCCGAGCUGCAGGAACGCAGCCAGAGGCUGAAGAAAAUGUUGGACGAGGAGGACAAGCGCUACGAGGAGGAGUUCUCGAACACGGUGAAGACCCGAAUCGACCAGGACAUCAAGGAGCGAAAGGAGCACUUGCACGCCAUCAAGGAGCAAGUGGCCAAGCAGCAAAAGAAGUUUCUGGAGGAGAAGCACAUCCAGCAGGUUAUGCUCGACUGCUACGAGAUCCGGGAGGCUCUGCGGCAGCAGGAUCUCGUGGAGACAAAGAUUGUCCAAGAGGAGCAAAUUCUGGAGAACCAGCGGAAGAAGCGGCGUGAGUGCCAGCAGGACCAGUAUUGGCUAGAGCUGAAUCGCCGCCGGUGGGCCCAGUUCGACUGUAACCAGGCGGAGGAGAACCUGCGACGCCAUCAGAUGCAGGAACAGGUGAAUCAUGUCCUGGCCAUCCAGGUAGCCGAGCACGAGGAGAAACGCAAGGAGGCGGAGGCGGAGCGGGACGAGGAAGAGCGCGUUCUAAACGCCCUGCUGGAGGAGAUCCGCCUGGAGGAGUUCGAGAAGGAACACCAGCCCGCUCCAUUGGACCAGCUGGCCUACCAGGCCGAGCUGCUCAAGGAGAUAGAGCGAAAGAGGUGCGCCCGUCUGGCGGAGUGGGAGGCGGACAGGGCCGACCACCUGGCCUUCUGCCGGGAAACGGAGCGUCUGGAAGCGGAAGCUCGUGCCCGGAUUGCCCAGUCCAAGAAGGACCUCAACCGAGCUACUUUGGAAUACCUGGCCUACCUCAGACGCAUGCAAUCGCUCGAACUCGGAAUCGAGAAGAUGAUGGACGAGCGCACCGCCGAUCUCUACCAGUUGGACAUGUGCACAAAGGUCAACAUCACCGAAAGGGUUCGGGUGAAACGGGAGGCUGCGGAGAAGUGCUACGAUAUCCUCCGGAAACAGGUCUGCGAGGACUACGAACGCAGAAUCCGGUCUGAUGCUGAGCUUCGGGAGAACAAAAUGAUGGAGAACCGGUUUGUUCAUCCGGAGGUCACUCAUCAAAUGAUUGUGUGCCGCCAGAUCCGAUAUAAGGCGGAUUUGGAUGCACAAAUCACCGAGAUGAAGCGCAUCCAGGCGGAGGAAGAGAAAAGAUUUGACAGUCGUCUGAUGGCCGCUGUGGAUAAUCCAAUUGCCUGCAAGAGAUUAGCCAAGGAGAUUCUAGAAAAGGGAAUUGAUUACUUGGCGCCGCAUCCCAACUGGAGGGUUAUGGCCUGCAAUCCCAAUAAGUACAUUCUCAGACCGCCGACCACCGAGCAGGAGUACAGCCGAGUGGCCGGUGCCAGUGUGGACAAAUGUCCUUGUCCCAGGGAAGCGCGGAAGCACUGCGGCUUCAUGACUGACCUGGAUGUGCCUCCCGAGGGAGCCAAGACCCAAGUGGAGCAAGGUGCGAUUGAGCCGGCCCAGAAACCACAAAAACCUGGAUUCCGUAACUGUCACUGCAAAUUUUAUUAGAGUUGUUCGGAAAAAGUAUGUUUAAAGCAAUUUAAAAUUGAGUUAUAAGUUAAGAGCUGAGGCUAUUAAAAGUAAC